AUGGCUGCAGACUUGCUCCCUGCCUACAUCCAGCAUUAUCUCCGUGUUGGCAUGUUCGCUAGACCACUCGUCCCAAGUGGUCUCUUGUUGACUAAGACUGGCCCCGAAGAGCGUUUCACGGCAACUUUAAUCACUCCCGUUUCCCCCUUUGUCUCUUACGGGAAAAAACCUUUGACGCCUCCAUUCACGACGGACGAACCGAAUCGGACACUUACGCCAUGGUCGACGGGACAGAUAUCUAGCGCGCCAUACGACUUGUUUUCCACGAUCCCUCUGGACAGAAGGGAGGCUUUCCUCAUUUCUCAAUCUCGGUACCCCGCCAUGAGGCUUUUCUCACUGUUCUUGUCACUGGCUGCGGUGCUGUCUUGCGCCGCAGCCCAAGGCGAUGCCACGGCCGCUGUGGCAUCUCUGCCCGCUUGUGCGCAAUCAUGUCUCUUGACGGCCGUCUUGAAUUCGCCGUGUCAGCCAACCAACCAAACGUGUAUCUGCACCAACGCUCCUUUGCAGGCCGAAGUUGAAGUUUGUGUAUUGCAGAAUUGCACGCUCCGUCAAGCCCUCACGACGAAGAAUAUCACUCAGACGACAUGUCAUGCGCCCGUCCGAGACCGCACCACCAUGUACAACACCAUCUCCAUCACGAUGGGUACGCUUUCCGGUGUGUUCGUCGUCAUCCGUAUUGUGCACAAGAUUUUCGCGACCGUUGGAGAGCUCGGAAUGGAUGAUUGGUUCAUCCUCAUCACCCUCGGCUCUGGAAUCCCCGGUACCGUCAUCAACACCCACGGCUUCGCUGCGAACGGUCUUGGCAGGGAUAUUUGGACGGUUCCUUUCGACAAGGUUACCAACUUUGGUUAUUGGUUUUUCGUCAUGGAGCCGAUGUACUUUGGCCAGGUCACAUUGUUGAAGAUGUCGCUGCUCUUCUUCUACAUGCGAAUCUUCUCGCAUAACAAGCUUUGCAAGAAACUCAUCUGGGGCACGAUUGGGUUCAACGCCGUUUUUGGUAUCACGUUCAUCUUCGUCGCCGUCUUCCAAUGCAGCCCGAUCAGCUUCUACUGGACCAAGUGGGAUUUGGAGCACACCGGAAAGUGCUUGGAUAUCAACGCCAUCGCCUGGGCCAACGCCGGCAUCAGCAUCGUCCUGGAUUUCUGGAUGCUCGCGCUUCCCCUGUCUCAGAUCCGCGGCUUGAACUUGCACUGGAAGAAGAAGAUUGGAGUUGCCAUGAUGUUCUUCGUCGGUACCUUGCGUCACCGUCGUCAGCAUCUUGCGUCUGCAAUCACUAGUCGCAUUCGCCAAAUCUCAGAAUCCGACUUGGGAUCAGUUCGAGGUUGCGACCUGGUCCACCGUCGAAAUUAA